UUCCGAUAGUUCCAGUUACACAUUAAGCCACCCAUAAAAAAGACGUAUAGUUGGAUUUUGCAAAAAGUCCCACUGCCAAAAAAAACAAGUUGUCCUGGGUCCUCCUUUAAGUCAUUGCUACUGUCAGAGACAAGGUUUCUCGGAUCAAUUAUUACACAGGCUACACUUUAAAGGAUUAUAGCUUGUCUAAUGUUUGCCACUGAAAAGUGAACAAGUAAACAGUUGAGGUCAAAUGGUUUAUAGUAGUUGGGAACAGGGCGAGUGGAAACACAGGGGAGGUUUCGGAUUGUACUUUGUGGUCCUUUGUUUACGCCACUCAAUAUUUACCUAGCACAGAGCUUAUGGUACUGCCCACAAGUACUAAAGCAUAUUCAACUCCGUCCUUAGCAUCCACCUGCCUGGGUGCCCUUGGGUGCAGAGAUUGUGGAAGGCAGGUGUGAUUCUCAUUUGUUACUUGCUUCACAUGCAUUGCUGACCAAGAUAGCCUGGAAGGUGCAGUCAUCUGCAGCAGGGAGGGUGGCCUGUUCAGUCGUGGCCUCAUGACCAUGGGAUUACCUUCUGCAAGAAGUAUCUGCCCGCAAGCCUUUAGGAACUGAUUAACACAGACCUAAAAUGGAGAAGGAAAUGGAGACAGCCAGACUGGAAAAUGGAUCUCCUUUCCAACUUUACAUGGAAAGAAAGACUCCGGUCAAGAUGAGGAAGACAGACAUGCUGAAAAGCCAACUGAGAAAAAACUGCUCCUGCAGCACAAAACAGAUGAAAAAGGCAGCCACGGACUUCUUCCCUGUGCUGCAAUGGCUUCCCAAAUACAACUGCAAGGAAUAUGUUUGGGGGGACGUCAUGUCUGGCCUGGUCAUCGGGAUCAUUUUAGUACCUCAAGCGAUCGCCUACUCCCUGCUGGCAGGUCUGAAGCCCAUUUAUAGCCUUUACACCUCCUUCUUUGCCAACAUCAUCUACUUCCUCAUGGGCACCUCGCGACACGUGUCUGUUGGCAUCUUCAGCUUAUUAAGCCUAAUGGUGGGGCAGGUGGUGGACAGAGAACUGCUGCUGGCAGGAUUCGACCUCGACGACGACUCUCAGGAAGGCCACUUGAAUGUGACGCUUCACAAUGUUACCCUUGACGUGAUGAGCACCGAAUGUGGGAAAGACUGCUAUGCCAUUGGGGUAGCGACAGCAGUGACCUUAAUGGCUGGCAUCUAUCAGGUACUGAUGGGGAUUUUCCACUUAGGCUUCGUCUCGAUGUAUCUUUCCGAGCCUGUGCUAGACGGGUUCGCAACCGGCGCUUCCUUAACCAUUUUAACAGCUCAAGUGAAGUAUCUCAUCGGGGUAAAAAUCCCCCGUGCCCAGGGAUACGGGAUCUUGAUAACCACCUGGGUCAACAUCUUCCGCAACAUCGCCCAGGCCAACCUCUGCGAUGUGAUCACGAGCGCCAUCUGCAUCGCUGUGCUGGUGACUGCCAAGGAACUGGGGGACAGGUAUAAGCACAGGCUCAAGGUCCCUCUUCCCACGGAGCUGGUGGUGAUUGUGGCAGCAACCUUGGUUUCCCAUUACGGGCGCCUGAACGAAGUCUAUGCCUCCAGCGUGUCGGGCGAAAUCCCCACCGGAUUUAUCCCUCCCCAGGUGCCCAGUUUACACCUCAUGCAGAGAGUCGCCCUCGACGCCUUCCCUCUCGCCAUCGUAGGCUUCGCCUUCACCGUUUCGCUCUCGGAAAUGUUUGCCAAGAAGUACGCCUACACCGUCAGGGCCAACCAGGAAAUGUUUGCCAUCGGCUUCUGCAACAUCAUCCCGGCUUUCUUCCAUUGCUUUGCCACCAGCGCGGCAUUGGCGAAAACCCUGGUCAAAACAUCGACUGGGUGCCAGACCCAGGUGUCCAGUGUCGUGAGCGCCGUGGUUGUGUUGCUGGUGCUGCUCUUCUUCGCGCCCCUCUUCUUCAACUUGCAGAAGUGCGUUCUGGCGUGCAUCAUCAUCGUCAGCCUGAGAGGAGCCCUUCGGAAAUUCAGAGACGUCCCCCAGCGUUACCGCCUGGACCGAACGGAUGCCCUGGUGUGGUGCGUCACCAUGCUCUCCUCUGCCUUGAUCAGCACCGAAUUGGGGCUCCUGGUUGGGGCCGUUUUCUCCAUCCUGUGCAUCAUCGGCCGCACCCAGCGCCCUCACGCCGCCUUGCUGGGGCAGCUUGGGAGCACUGUCUUCUAUGAAGACGACGAGGAAUACAAAAACCUCCUUCCUGUGCCAAGGGUCAAGAUAUUCCGGUUUGAAGCCCCACUUUAUUAUGCAAAUAAGGAUUUCUUCCUAAAGUGCCUCCACAACAGGACGGGGCUGGAUCCUGCUGUGGAAAUGGCCAAAAGGAAUAAAGCCAAGAGGAAAGGGCAGCAGAGUCUUGAAAGGGGAUCUGGACAGGGAGAUACAACUUCAUGCUUGUUUAAUAAGCACAGCGACUUACAGGCUGUCAUCAUAGACUGCUCUUCCAUUCCAUUUUUGGACACAGCUGGUGUUAGCGCAUUAAAAGACACACUGAAAGACCAUCAGGAACUGCAGAUCAGCAUCCUUCUAGCUUGCUGCAAUCCCUCUGUGAUAGCUUCUCUGGAAAGAGGGGGCUACUUGGGAAGCGCAAGCAAAGACAAGCACGAAUUGCUGUUUCACAGCGUGCACAGUGCAGUCCAGUUUGUAAGAGAGAGGGAGGUUUUAAUAGACGAUUCAGUUGUAUAGUCUGCGGCCCUCCAUUGGCAGCUGAGGAUUUCUGCAUUCACUGCCAAUAGGUUGUGGUCUUCAACACAUUGAGACCUGGAGCCCUCCUUGAAGCACAGUGCGAAAUAUGGGACCACUUUGAAAGUGUUCAACUUCUAUGGAUACCCAGUACUACAAAUGCAACACAAUGUAUUUUAAUCUUAAAAGCUAGGUCAGUAAACACACAUAGCGCCAGUUCAGACAUAACAUUACUCCAUUGUUUACUGUGCCUGGAAUGUGCUGUGGAAGUGCUUCUCCUCCUCCACCCUCAAAACCAAUUUUCUGUUCUGUACCAGCUCAGGAAACUGGUUCAUUCCAAGUGCAAACAAACAGGAUCAAGGUGUGGUUUCAGAUCCUAGUUUGGCAACCAUGAUUCAGAAUCAUAGUGACAUGCCAUUGUUUAUUGUUAUAUCCAACCCAAGACAUGGUGGUCCCUCAAGAUUAUUUAUUUCAUUGCAAGGCUGUUUUGUUCUGAGAGCUAUCCUUGAUGAAACUUCUUGCUGGGAGGGGGCAGGUUUUAUCAAACAGAUAACCCCAUAGAUCAGUGGUUGUCAACCAGUGU